GGCUACCGAUUUCCAGGCCAUGGUGCCUCUUUAAGAGGUGUCUUGUCCUACCUAUCGACCCGCAUUUGGCCUCGUCGGUCACCACCUAUAUUUAAAGGGAAUCGCAGUUCUGUUCCUUUGUAUCCAUCCGGCCCGGCCACAGCCUACAUCAUACCCGCCCAAGUUAGGCCCUUACGAAAGACCAGUUUCGAGUCUUGCAGACCAGAGCCGCCAUUUGCUCUCGCAUACACAUCCCAGCCAACUAACCUCAUCUCUGACCUGUCUCGACCAGAGCCCGUCACAUAGACCGCUCGACCACACCAUCGUCGACCGUCUUGUUCCGUUGACUUGUUGUUUUGAGCCUCCCACCCGACCAGCUUCGGCCUCGGAUCGCAUGUUCCCAUGUCUUUACAGUCAGCCCGAUAUUUAAAAGAUCGUUUCGUCUCUGACACGGCCGACUGACACAACCUGGGACCGGGCUUGGGCUGGACCUAAGUGGUUGCUUAAACUCUGACCCGCCAAAAAACAUAGCCAGACCACACAAAGCGGCACAGGAUCCUUCCCUGUCGUCGUCUUUGUCCACUUCGAAGCAAGCCUUUGGUCGACCUCAUAUUAUAGAGACUGAGCCUUUGGUCGGCCCUCACAUUAUAGAGACCGACAGCUUCGACUGAAAACUCGACCGGCUUUCCACACCAGAGCCAACUUUCCAAACCUCGAGUCUUGACCAGCCGCCCCAUCUGUUUCAUACACACCCACCCACCGUCAAGAUGUGUGUCAAGAACAUCUACCAUAACGCCUACGUCGAUGGUGAGAAGGACGUCACUGAACGGGUUGACGCAUGCCGAUCCGGCCACAUGUGCAGCGAUCCCAUAGUGCGCGAGUUCGACCGCAAGAUCAACUGCACUAGAUUACAGCUUUCGGUCGCCCCUGGGCGGAACGACUCUCCCUCUUCGUCGCUCAAGGACAGGCAGCCAACGCCCUACUACUUUGACCACCAGCCGUCUCCACCUUACAGCCAGAGUGACAGAGAACGUCGGCGUGACAAGCGUGCCAGCCAGCGACUCUACGUCGACGGAGACCGCGUGGCCGACUAUGGCCUGCGCAGAAGCGGCUCUCGCCGGGCGGAACCGAUCCCCAUCCCCAAGGUGCGUCGGUCAUCGACCAUGCCAAUCGAUGAUGGCUAUUACAGCGAGCCAAGGCGUGAGCACCGUUCACGUCCCGUCAUUGUUGAGGGCGGCGACCAUUCUCGCCGUUCUUCUUCAUCACAGCGACGGGAGUCAUCUGCGGUUCCCUUGGGCCCUUACGAUGUGUUAUACAACUAUGGUGCUGGGUCCUCCCGGCGGGACCGUGAAAGACACGCCCGUGACUCUUACCUGGAACCAACACGCUCGCACCGUCGCCACUCGAAGUCGCCCGUGGAAGUCCACACGGAGCCCGAUCAAUACGAUCGUGAGCGCCGCCGCUCGAGGCGCGCGAAGCCUACCAUCAUCGACGGUCCUGCCACUACCGGCAUCUCUGCUGAUGUGGUCUAUGGUUCUUCGCCCUUCGGCGGGUCAUACGGCUCCUCGUAUGGCUCGCACCCCUCUGAAGAUGCUUGGGCACGCCACGCCGCGUUCGGCACCCAGACACCACCAGACAGCCGCGCCCCUGCUGUCAAGGGCGUCCGUUGGGAUGAUGACCCACGCGCCGCUCAGAACGCCAAGAUCAACAGCCGGCCCAGGCUCAGCCGCUCUGCAACCAUCACAGGAGCUGGGACUGGCUCACACCUCCACGGCGAGGUGAAGGGAAUCCUGAAGAACACCAAGCCGACCACCUGGGGCACAGCCGCCGAGGCUGACUCUGGCCCCCCGCCAGCUGUCCAGCCUCUGCGGCGGGAGGAACUCGACGACCUGUACAAGUCUGCCCGGGGAAUAGGCGUUGAUGACCGGGAGACAUCAACACAGCGGCAGGCCAGGCUGGAGAAAGAGGUGCGCGAUGACAGAGAGUACCGCGACCGGCUCAUGAAUCGAUUCAGCCCUCGGGACCGGCGAUCAUCCUUUGACAUGCCACCCAGGCGCUUUACCGUGGAGAAGGGGUCAAGAGGAGGCAGGAGGUCCGAGGUAUUCUAUCCCGAUGAGGGAAGAUACAAGUACACGCAAGGGUAUUGAGCUCAGUCCACUGACACUUUCCGACAUACUGCAUGGUUUAUUGCAAGGCAUCUGAUUUGAUCAGCGUUUGAUUCUUCCGGUUUGGAGUUAGGAGCAAGGUCCGUCUCACUCGCUUCAGAGCAUCUACAAAACAAAGACGGGAGGGAGCGUUGCACCGUGACAAUAGAACCCAUGCACUGCCGCAUACAGCACAACAUUCUUUAUCAUAGACAAUUCAAACUUUUCUUUUGUUCGUCAUAUAUGCUAGAACCUUUCUUCAUCACAAUGAAACCUCGAGUCCAUGAUGGCAGAAUUCGAUCCAAGGCAUCAAACACACCCACACCAAACAUUUCAGCAGCAGAACCAGACAACCAGAUAAGCCGAGAUGCGAAAUAAACUUCGCACCAUGACGCGAAUGCCGAUCAUCACGGGCACACUCUGGGACCUAGACUGGGAAUGCGGCCAGCCCCAGAUCCACAGGUCACCAACCACGGGUGUCCGCCCGCCGAGGCCCAACCCGGCGGAGGAUAGUAUUGGCCAACCGGAGAAGCCCAACAGGUUGCUGUCCACGGGCGGAUCCCCAAGCAGCCCGGAGUUUCCCAGCUCCUUGUUUGCAUCGACCCGGCGGUCCGACCUUGGGGUGCCUGGGUGCUCGCCUCACUGCCGUCAUCCGACCUCUUGGGGGGUGGCGGGCUGCCGGCACACCCCGGUCUGCCACAAGGCGAGCGAGUUCCACCAGCUGGGAUGAUCGCGGCACCGUCCAUUCAAGUUUCCCCCAAUUCCCGAGGCGGUGGGGCGCGCCAUGCUGCACCCGCAUUGCAUGGCCUUUGCAGCAGGGCACCAGGGCAGCAGAGGAUCGUGUCUCUUGAUCGACUUGGCUAAGGCGUCUCACAUUGCAUACCACUACCAACCAAGAAAAAAAGGAAGGAAAAAAACAGUCCCCAUCAGAGCCGGGCAAUUCCUUCUAUGGUGUUCUCCACUGCCGCGCCGGUUUGCUUGGUAGUACUCCCUGGGGGAACCCCCGGGGCAACGCACGGAUGGGGCAUGUUUCAUCAUCCUUCACUUGCGGGCCGCACAACAAGGGACG